AUGGUGGCUGUGUCGCAAGAUUCCCAGAAAAUAUUGGCAGUGGAUGAAGGCAUUCCCACCAUUGACAUGUCGCUGGACAGAUCACGAGUCUCUAGCGAGAUAGUGAAAGCGUGCGAGACCGUCGGCUUCUUCAAGGUGGUCAACCAUGGCGUUGACCCUCGCGUCAUCUCCGCAAUGGAGCAAGAGUCCAUCGCCUUCUUCUCUAAACCGGCUCACGAAAAACAUUCGGUCGGACCGGCGAACCGGCCUUUCGGUUAUGGGUUCAGUGAUAUCGGCCACAAGGGUGACACGGGCGAGGUGGAGUAUCUUCUACUUCAACCCAAUCCCUCCUUCGUUUCUCUGCUCUCCCCCUCCAUCUCCACCCACCCAUUAAAAUUCAGCUCGGCCGUGAAUUGUUACGUUGAAGCAAUUGAGCAGCUAGCGUGUGAGAUCUUAGAGCUGACGGCCGAGGGUCUGCGGGUCCCACCUCACACCUUCAGUCGGUUGAUCAGAGCCGUAGAUAGCGACUGCGUCUUGAGGCUAAACCACUACCCACCGUCCGAUCAACUCCUGACCGGCGAGAAGCUCUCUGAUUGGUCCACAUCACUGCCCAGGGUAGGCUUCGGGGCGCAUACGGACCCUCAGAUCUUGACAGUGUUGAGAUCCAACGGUGUUGAAGGUCUCCAAGUGGCCACCUCUGACGGUUCAUGGGUCCCGGUCUCCCCUGACACAUCAGCUUUCUGCGUCAACGUAGGCGACUUGUUACAGGUGAUGACGAAUGGGAGGUUCAAAAGCGUGAGACACAGGGCGGUGACGACGAGGCAGGGAAGAAGGAUGUCGACAGCGUACUUCGCAGGGCCGCCGCUGUCGGAAAGGAUAAGCCCUCUCCCGGACGUGUCGGCCGAGCAGCCACGGCGGGAGUACAGGUCCUUCACCUGGGCCGACUACAAAAACCUCGCCUACUCCCUUCGUCUUGGCGACGACCGCCUCACUCUUGUCCGUGCUUGUACGGACGACCACACUCCCAUUGCUUUCUAGUUGUUUCUUCACUGUUUCUGUUUUUUUUUUUUAGGUAGACCAGUGAAUUGUCUCUGUGUGUCUUCUCUCUCUUUGGAACUAGUUUCAGCAGU